AUGGUUCACUGGCCUCCACCACCACCAUCACUGCCGCCGCCGCCGCCAUCAGCAACCCCACCCCCCCCUCACUGUCCUGCAGACCGCCGCAGGUAAACGAGUCCAGGUGAGAUGAGACGUGAAUAAUCGUCCAUCAGCUGCUGGUCCUCGGGGUCAGAUCCUCAAAUUCAGUUUGAAAAGAUGUUAAUGUGCUGCUAACACACACACACACACACACACACACACACACACACACACACUCUCAGCCUGCAGGUCAAUUAAAGGCUGAUGGACGAUCAGCAGACAGUCCAUUAAAUCGUCCGUCUGUCCGUCCGGCUGAUGGACCCCCGCAGAGAUGCUCCGUCUCCUUCAGGAAGACGAACUCAGCGGGGGGGCGGGUCAAACCCAAACUAGCGGACCAAGACCCUCAGAUCUGGAUCAGGACGGUAAAACUGAAGACCUGAUAAUGAGGAGAACAGAAGAAGAACAUCAGAGUCUGUUUCAAACCGCUGAAGGAAACCAGAGUGACGUUUCAACAUGGAGCUCUAUGGGAGCUGACUCACUGUAAGACGGCCUCUAGUGGACACUGGAGGAACUGCAGUUGGUUAUAUCCCUUUAUUUCCACCCCUGGAAUUUCCUUCAUGAAAACAUGAUCAUUCAGUCCGUUUCACAUGACACUCGAAAAAAACGAAUUAUCGUCUUAUUCCGAUUAAGACCGGACAACUGAAGGUCAUAUAAACACUUUAGUCUGACUAUAAUCUGAGUUUAAGAACUCUGAUUAAGACACCCAGAUAAUCUGAUUGGAAUUCGAUUUUCUCUACCAUGUAACCAGCGUAGUCGCAGUAUGAAGCCACGCCCCCCUAACCCUGUAACAAAACCCCAGAGUAGAGGAGUAGCGUUGGUCUCCUCUUUAGAAAAAGUAGCGCGUCCAUCAUGUCGGACAAAAACAACGCUGUACGAUGCUCCAUCUUCUUGUUUCUCCAAAAUGCCCAGCAGCAGUUGUAGACACUUCUGACGUCUGACACCGACCUGCUGUUGUUGUUGACGGUUGGAUGGGGUCGGAAACAGCGCCGCUGAAAAGACCCAUAUCGCCCCCUAGUGUUGGGGAGGAGGACACGUUCACGUCAAUAAUUCGAUUUUCUCAGCUGCAUGUAAACGAGGACGAGGAGAGAAGUCGGAAAAAGACGAAUUAUGAGUUUAUUCUGAUUAAACUGAGACUGUAAACGAACUUAAUGAUGUCAGAGAUCGGAGCUCAGAGCUGCAGAGCGACACCGCAGGUGUUCAAGUCAACACCUGAUCAGAGCUCAUUAAACACACACACAUGCAGAAAAGACGUUAUUGUGUGUGUGUGUGUGUUUGUCAUGAGGUCAGCAUCAAAUUCAGUAAAUAAAAAAAGAGGAAAAUACCGGCCAAUCAGAUUCCACCUUUGUGUCUAACAUGUACACACACACACACACACACACACACACACACACACACACACACACACACACACACACACACACACACCUGUGCAGCUGACUCAUUAAGUGUGUGUGUGUGAGAGUGUGUGUGUAAUCAAGUUCAUUAAGUGAGGUGAAGCUAACAGCAGCUUAAAUUAAUUCAGAUUAAUUCACACUAAGCUGCUCCCGUGGCGACGCACUGAGAGAGUGACACACUGAGGAGGAGGAGGAGGAGGAGAAGGAGAAGAAGGAGGGGGAGGAGUGCUGAAGAGUGUUUGAGUAUAAAAAACUACAUCUACAGAUUAUUAUUAUUAUUAUUAUUAUUAUUAUUAUUAUUAUUAUUAUAUUGUUAUUAUUAUUAUUAUUAUUAUUAUUAUUAUUAUUAUUAUUAUAUUGUUAUUAUUAUUGUUAUUAUAAUAAUAAUAAUUAUUUUGUUGUUGUUGUUGUUGUUGUUGUUGUUGUUAUUAUUAUUAUUAUUAUUAUUAUUUUGAUCAUGUUUGCUCUGAGUGUGUUUGGACGUCUUCAUACAGUUGAACUCUGACACACGCCUGAAAACCUCCUGAUGUAAAUGAAGAUCAAUUAAGUGAGAGCUCUCUGUUUGUAACACUGACAUUGACCACCAGGGGGCAGAGCUGAUCAGUUUACACCUCAGUGUGGUCUCAGUAUGAUGGUUCCUGAUCUUUAUAUUUAAAUCAACCCAGAACCAGAACCCUGACCCAGAACCCAGAACCAGACCAGCCUCAAAGGAUCCUAGGAGAGAAAGAACACCUGAACCCGGAGCUGGAUCCAGAUGUUCUGGUUCUGAUUCUGAUCCUGCAGAAACAGUUUAAGGUAAAUAGAAAGAGUUAAAUUUUCACCCCAAACAGAGCUUUUUCAUUUUUAUGUCAGUAAUAAAAAAGAAAACCAACUUUAUUUAAACAUUUUCAUAAACUCAGAUGUUCACGAGUACAAAUGGAUAUUAAUAUAAAUAAAGUUCUCCUCAGAGAGUAAAUAGAAGAAGAAGAAGAGGAAGGGAAACAGAAUAAAAAAUCAAUAAAACAACAAAUAAAGAUUAAUAUUUACAUCAGUGUAGAGAAUCUGAGCUAUGUAAACAAAGAAACAUAUAUAAUUAGGAGAGAGAGAGAUUUAUAGAUUUAGAUAGAUGUGUGGAUAUACUGUAAAAUAGAUUUAGAUAAACAUCUAGGUUUACUGUUAAAGAUUUAUAGAUAUUGAUUUAUAAAGAUCUAGAUCUAGAUGUAGAUUUAUAGACAUAGAUUUAUUCACAUAGAUUAAAAAAUAGAUUUAUAGAUUUAAAUUUAGAUAUAUACAGAGAGAAAUAUAAAUUUUUAGUUACAGAAUAAUUUGUAGAUUUAUUCACAUAGAUAUAGACAUAUAAAUAUGUAGAUUUAUUGACAUAGAUAUUUAGAUUUAUUGACAUAGAUAUAGACAUAUAAAUAUGUAGAUUUAUUAGCAUAGAUAUGUAGAUUUAUUGACAUAGAUAUAGAUAUAUAGAUUUGUAGAUUUAUUGACAUAGAUCCAGACUUAUAGAUAUGGCAUUAAAGAUUUAGAUUUAUAGGUAUAGAUAUAGAUAUAUAGAUAUGUAGAUUUAUUGAUAUAGAUUUGUAGAUUUAGAUAUAUAGAUGUAGAUAUAUAGAUAUAGAUAUGUAGAUUUAUUGAUAUAGAUUUGUAGAUUUAGAUGUAUAGAUAUAGAUAUAUAGAUAUAGAUAUGUAGAUUUAUUGAUAUAGAUUUGUAGAUUUAGAUGUAUAGAUAUAGAUGUAUAGAUGUAGAUAUGUAGAUUUAUUGAUAUAGAUUUAUAGAUUUAUAUGUAUAGAUAUAUAGAUGUAGAUUUAUUGAUAUAGAUUUAUAGAUUUAGAUGCAUAGAUAUAUAGAUGUAGAUGUUUUCUUCUGAAGAUUGUCAGGAGAGGCUGAACACAGACAAAUUAACCUAGAGUCUGACAGUUUCGGUCGGUGCUGAAACGUUUGUGUUCGGCUGCAGAAUUUUGGGGGUUUUGAGUUUUUAAGGUUCUGUGGAGAACCAGUUUAGAGGUCCGGACCCGUCCUCCUGAACCCCCACAGAACAGCUGAAGAACAGCCGACCAGAGGGAGGAGCUCUGACUGAGAACUGAAACAUACAGAUCUGAUCUGCUGAGGAAAUGAAGGAACCUGUUCAGGUCCUGGUUCAGGUCUGAGGUUCUGGUCCUGGUCCAUUAUUCUAAGAGGUUAAUCUAAAGAGAAGCUGAUGUUACCUGCUCCAGAUGUUUCCUCACAUCGCACUGAUGAAACUCCAGACCUCUCUGUGUAACCUCUAUAACUCUCUUUCUCUUUCUCUCUCUCUCUCUCCCUUUAUAACUCUCUCUCUCUCUCUCUACACGGUCAGUGGUUGUCGAACGCCCGGUGGUCUCUGCAUUUAUUCAUGGACUCUCUGAAAGUUUAAUCUCAGCAGCAGCUCCAUUAAUCUGAGGGUCUGUUUUAAAAGCAGGAAUGAAAGAUUCAUCUGGACCUCCUCUCCCUCUCUCUCUCCCUCUCUCUCUCUGUCUCUCCCUCCCUCUCUCUCUCUCCUCCUCCUCCCUGAGCUGACUCUGUGAAUUAUUGAUGAGUGCUGAAUCACUGGAUGAAGGAGGAGACACAAACAUCAGGUAACCUCCUGUGUUCUGUAAACGCUCAAACUCUCGGAUUAUAAUCUCAGACAAACUCUUCGUCAUCGUUAACGUCGCUGCAGAUUCUCUUUAUAAUCCUGACAAACAAACAAACUGUAUGGAGGCCCAGGAGGGACAUAAAACACAGAAGCAUUUUUUUCUGGGUCCCUGGGACAAUUUGAUUUUACUUUUGAACUUUUACAAUUUGAUUAAAAAUUUUAGAUAGUUUUUCAACAUUUUACUCCUGAUUUAAGGAUUUGAAAUCAAGAUUAAAAGUUUGACAUUUGUUUUUAAUAUUUGACAGAAAAAUUUAGUUCUUUUACACUGAGAUGUAAACUUUAAUAUACAUUUAAAUUUUUGAUUUUAAUUUUACAUUUUCAACUUUUUAAAAUAAAUUUUAUGGUCAAAUUCAAUCUUACAGUUUCACAUUAUUUUACAGUAAUAUUAAAAUUCUACAUUCAGAUUUAACAUUUUAAAUUAUGUGAUUAAAUGUUAACAUUUUACACUUAAAUUAUACAUUGAACAUUAGUUUUUAACAUUUACAUUUUACACUGAGGUUUAAAAUUUUUUGAUUAGAUUAAAAAAAAUUAGAUUGUAAUUUAUUAUUUUACCCCUGAAUUUAGCAUUUGAAAUUAGGAUUCAAAGUUUGAGAUUUGUUUUUAAUAUUUGACAUGAAAAUUAAAUUCUUUUACACUGAGAUAUAAUAAUAAAUAAUAAUGCAUCACACACCAGUGGAGGACACACACUGGGAGCAAGGUGGGUUAAGUGUCUUGCCCAAGGACACAACGGACAGACUAGAGACAGGACGGGGCUUGAACCACCAACCUUUCAGUUAUUGGCCAAUCCGCUUUACCUCCUGAGCUACUUUAAUAUACAUUAGAAAUUUUUAAUUUCAAUUAUAUAUUUUAAAUUCAUUUUUAAAAUUUAAGAUCCGUUUGAUAAAAUUUUAACAUUUACAUUUUACACUUGAAUUAUAUUCAUAUGUAAAAUGUUAAAUUAUUGAACAUAAUUUUUUAACACUGAGGCUUAAAAUUCUACAGUUUGCUUUAACAUUUCUAACCGAAGUAAACUUUUCACAUUUAGGUUAAAAAUUUUAUUUAAAAUUAUUUUACACAAAGAUUAAAAGUUGAACAUUGAGAAGUACAAGGAAACUUUUUUGUAAGGAAACUCUUUACAUUCAGAUUCAAAUUAAACAUUUUCUUCAGAUUUUAGGUUCGAUAUUUUUCUCUGAGGUUGAAUUUAACUUUUGAAUUUAUUUAGUCGACAUUUAAAACUGAGAUUUGACAUGAGAAGAAAUAACCACACUAAAACUGAUUUAAAAAAAAUUUAAAUCUGAGGAAAAUACUUUUUUUUUAUCUCACAGGUAUUUUGCACAUUUGAAUCAUGAGUGUUUAUAUUUAUAUUUAUAUUUUUAUUUUUCUUUCAGGUCCAGUUCUUAUUUUUUUAUUUUCAUCAUCUUUUAUUUAAAAGCAUUUUUAAAAACUUUUAUUUAGAACAGAAAGAGAGAGAGAGAGAGAGAGAGAGAGAGAGAGAGAGAGAGAGAGAGAGAGAGAGAGAGAGGGGGCGGGGUUAUGAGUUUACAGGGUGUGAGAGGCCCCGCCCCCCGGGAGCAGCAGCAGCAGUCACUCCAGACUGAGCCGGUAACAGAGACAAACGCUCCUCCUGCUGAUCCUCCUCAAACUUUCGGACCCUCUUUGUUCUGGAUCUGGUCCUCCUGGUCUCCGAGUCUGAGGGUCUCUCUGGUCCGGUUCGGCUCGGUUCGCUUCACUUCGGUCUGCAGCAGGAAGAGGGGAGACCGGCACCUGCUGAAACUUUGAGUCCGGAGCGGAGGAGGGGGUACCGGGGAGAGCGGGAGCAGAGACCCCCAGACCCGUUCCUGCAGACCGUCUGGAGUCUCGGAACAGCGAGGCGGUCCAGGUCCAGUCCGGAGACCAUCGGGGUGUUUGCUUGGAUCUUCCACAGGUCCUGGUCCGGGUCUUUGGGUCUCUAAAAGUCUGGAGGAGUUCCGUUAAAAGGCGCACAGAGGACCUGAACCUGAAGUGAGGACCCCGGGAGUCUUAGCAGGCGGAUCCGGACCCUGGUGGACUCUGGACGGCACUGAUUCAGGACGCACGUGGACGCCUGACUCCUGCUGUGGUUCCGAUCCGGUUCAGACUGAGUGAAAAAUGAAACUUUGGGACUUCAGGUCUUUCUGGGCUCGGAUAAGGACGACCGAACCGGAUUCAGAGGACGGACCGUGGACACACGACGACCCGGUUCUGGAGUAAGAUGGAUUGUUUUCGCGGUGUUUGCUGGGAAACCCAAAUUUGAUGAUCGGUGAUUAUCGGUGAUCGGAUCAGAAGUGAUCGACUCUGCAAACAGCGCGAGGCUCUCUUGUGCCCCCGGAGCCUCUGUCUCUUACAUGACCCUCGAUACCGGUGCUGUUUCCAGUUCUAGUUCUGGUUCUGGUCUUGUCCAGCGCUCUGAUCCCAAUUAAAGACUCGCGGAUGUUCGGCGGGUCGUCUCACGCCGCGCAGCCGCACAUGGAGCGCUACGGGCGGCUGCUGCUGCUGCUGCUGCUCGGUCUCCUGCUCCGGGUCUGCUCCUCCCUCACCCCGGACGACCGGCUCAUCUCGGACCGGUACGCGGUCUACUGGAACAGCACCAACCCCAGGUAAGACCCGGACCCCAGAGUAGGGGAGAGCGGGUUCAGGUGGAACAAACAGAGAGUCUCAGACGGUUUAAAACUUUAAUUUCUGACCCACAUUUCCUCUCUGAGACAAACCCGCAGUUUUAAAAAAUCAUAAAGUUUCUGCAGAUUAAAAUACAAAAAAAUCUGAAUAAAGAAGUUUGAGUCGAACUGAAGGAGGAAAAGUUUGAGUUUAAAAAAAAAGAUUAAAAGUUGAAUUUAAAGGUGAAAAAUGUGAAGGUAAGGUGACCCACAUGUCAACAAACCCAGAGACCCAGAUUAAUAAUCUGAAAUAAAAGAGUUUCACAUGUUUUUAAUGUUUGAGGAUUAAACUGAAAAAACAGGAUUAUUUCUUUUACCUGCUCAGGUCUUCAGAGUCGACUCCAGUCCGCCUCCUCUACCGUCAGCAGGUUUGAUUUUGGUUUAAUAAUAAUUUUUUUUAUUUAUAAGCGCCUUUCCGGACACUCAAGGACACUUUACUGAGUAAAAACAGACAAACCAAAAAAGUAUAAAUAUAUGUAUUUGUGUAUAAAUAAAAGAAACAAAAACAUGAUACAGUAGAUUAUAAGGAGUGUGUUAAUCUGAACAGGUGGGUUUAGUCUGGAUUAAAGGAGCGUACAGGAGAAAAAGUGAAUUAUUCCUGUGAGUGUGUGAAGGCCGAGGCCCUGCAACACACACACGCACACGUACAAAUACACACACACACAUACACACGCACAUAUCAACUGUAGCUUCAUGACACAAAUAAAAUAUUUAAAAAAUAAUUUUAAAAACUUUUUUAAAUUCAAACUUUUUUCUUUAUUUUGUCGUCAAACUGAAUUAUUUUUGACUUUAUUUAAUAAAAACUAUAAAAACAUGAAUGAGAUUUAUUUUGGAUAAGAGCAGAAACAAACUGUCAAUAAUCAUUAACUGUAGUGAUUGAUUAUUGAUCAGCUGAUCAGCUGUGACUGAAAAUAAUUGACUCACUGAGAUAUGAAUUGAUUGAAUCUAAAGUUGAAUUAAAACAGAUUUUCAUCAAACGGACAUUUCACAAUAAAACCGUUCCACCUGACCCUGCUCUCCCCUACAGCCCGCCUCCUGCUGUGACCUCUGACCUCUGCUGUCACUCACAUGUCACCGAUUCUUCUGUGACUUUUCUUUGUUCUGCGCUCUGAUUGGUUGGCUGCUGUCUGAAUCGUCCAAUGAGAGCUCGAGCUCAUUUCACAGGUUUAUGUUUUUAACUGGAAAAGAGUGCGUGUGUGUGUGUGUCUGUGUGUGUGUGUGUGUGUCUGUGUGUGUGUGUGUGUGUGUGUGUGUGUGUGUGUGGUCCUCCAGAUGUGAGUGUACGGUUGUCCUGCUCUGCAGAGCGACUGCAGCUCUGUAGUACUGUGAUAGUACCGUAGUAGUACUGUGAUAAUACUGUAGUAGUACUGUAGUAGUAUUUGCGUACUCCUGCCUCUCCCUCAUGUUCCACCUGAUCACUGCAGCGUUCCUCGGCGUCUGUCUGUCUCUCUUCGUUCGUUCGGCGCCGUAGCUCUGUAACCGUGUUCAGUGAGGUUCUGGGCGCCGUGGAAAACUCCCACUCUGGGCCCCACAACUGA